AUGCACAUCGUCGCUGACCCAAACAAUGACCGACGGCGAUACAAUCAACCAGCUGCUCAUGUGAACGAGGUAGCAGUUGUCUUUGUUGGUGAAGAUGGUCUACCACCAGGGAACCUCGAUCUGGUUAUCUAUGACUCAAACCCAGCUGACCCAAAUCACCGGAUGCAAAGCAUAUCAGCUGGCUCACCUCAUGCAGAUCCAAUGCUGUAUCCAUUGCUCUUCCCACAUGGAGAAACCGGCUGGCAUUACAACCUGCAACAAGAGGGCGUCCGCCGGAACGCAGUGCGGUUUCGAAACUCUCCCAAAGAGUUUGCUUCUUUUCGCCUGGCCAUCAGAUACACCGGGACCAAUAGCAAUGUGAAUGAAGGUCAUACAUUUAGUUUAUUACAUGCAGCUGGUUUUUUAUUUCAGCAGUACAUAUGUGAUCAGUAUGUUCGCAUGGAAGCGAACAAUCUACGUUACAUCCGAGAUAACCAGAAAGCACUCUUUGCUGAUGCCUAUCAAGGCCUUCUGGAUCAUACUAACCAACAGUUCCAUCUAGACGAAAUCAAUCCAGUCGGCCGCAGGACAAUUUUGCCUUCGACGUUUCUAGGUGGCCCACGGUGGCCAGAGAUAGUAGAUAACAUUCCAUGUUGGUUGAAGGCAACUGACAGGCCUGAUUUGGUGGCAAGGAUGUUUGGUUAUGUUUACACCAUUGAGUUUCAGAAACGUGGUCUUUCACAUGCACAUAUACUCAUCAUCUUGGAUGAGGACAGCAAGUUACUUACUGCCGAUGACGUCGACAGUGUAGUGUGUGCCUACUUGCCUGACCCUACAUCCGAAAGGCAUGACUUGACAGUGUGA